CCACAAACUGCAGAGAAUGACUGUUAGCCUUUGGCGCCAAAAAAAUAAGGGUCCAAGACCAACCUAUUUGAAUGCCCUAGAGUGCAAAGCAACCCAACAACUUUGAUCUCUCUCUCUCUCUCUCUCUCUCUCUCUCUCUCUUGUCCACCCCUCAUGGCCAUCAUCCCUCAUAACCCCUUCAUGAAACCAAUCCCCCCUCAAGAUUCCAUACCCAGAAAACACAGGCAACGUUCCAACUCCUCAACUGCAAUCCAAGCCAUGGCAACAAAAAACAGUCGCAAACCCUGUAAUUACUUCUCGGUUCCUGACUCCCUUCACGCUUUCCUGAAUUCCGGACAAACAGAAACAGCCCUCCAUCUCUUUCACAGUAUGAAAACCUUAGAUCCUCUCUUGUGGAACAUAAUGAUCAAAGGCUAUGUCCAAAAUGGAUUCUUCCAUGAAGCCAUUGAAUUUUAUUACCAAAUGCAAUCUAAUGGUGUGAUUCCAGACCAUUUCACCUACCCUUUUGUUCUCAAAGCCUGCGCUAGGUUAUCUAAUAUAGCAGAAGGGAAGAAAGUCCACUGUAAAUUGGUCAAAACAGGGUUAGAUACUGCCCUUUUUGUUGCCAAUUCUCUCAUAACAAUGUACUGCAAAUGCAAAGAAAUGCACGCUGGGGAAUUGGUAUUUGAUGAAAUGCCAGAAAGAGAUAUUGUUUCAUGGAAUUCCCUAAUAGCAGGGUACGCUUCCAAUGCUUAUGGACAUGAAGCCCUUUUGUGCCUCGGAGAAAUGCAGCUCUUUGGGUUCGAACCAGACAGGUUCACCCUGCUUUGCGCUCUCCCUGCAAGCACGCUCGAUAAAUCUAGGGUUUAUGGCAAAGAGAUACAUUGCAAAACACUAAGAUUAGGGUUUUUACCAGACCCAAUGCUCGAAACAUCACUUCUGGACAUGUAUUUCAAGUGUAGGGACGUAAGGGCUGCUGAGGGGCAUUUUGGCAAGAUGUCGAUGCGAAACUCGGUUGCUUGGAACACAUUGAUAUCUGGUUAUGCUCGUAAUAAGCUUGCCCAAAAGGCAAUUGAUUCAUUCUCCAAGAUGCAAAUGCAAGAAAAGUUAUGUCCUGAUCCAAUCACUAUGGUGAACUUGCUGCCGGCUUGUGCACAUAUAGAAGCUCUAUUGCCAGGGAAAUCCAUUCAUGGGUUCUCACUGAGAAAAGGGUUUCUGUCACUAAUCAAAGAAAAUAAAGGAGACCAGUUUUGCUCCCAUCUGGUAUUGGAAACUGCUUUGCUGGACACAUAUGCCAAAUGCAAGGAGUUAGAGUAUGCCCAAAAGCUAUUUGAAAGGAUGGUUGAGAAGAACUUGGUCUCUUGCAAUGCAAUGAUUGCUGGUUUUGCACAAAAUGGGCAAAACAAAGAGGCUAUAGCACUGUUCCAUAGCCUAUGGCAUGUUCCUAUGGAGCCGGAUGCAACCACCAUUGCAAGUGUCCUAUCAGCCUACGGUGAGAUAGCAUCUCUCCGAGAAGGGAACCAGAUCCAUGGUUAUGUGGUGAAAUCAGAGUUGGGCUUGGACACUUUCAUCCUGAAUUCCCUUGUUUAUAUGUACGCAAAAUGUGGCAAUUUGCAGCUUGCAACAAGAGUUUUUGAUGGAAUUCAGAGCAAGGAUGUGGUGUCAUUGAAUGUCAUCAUCAUGGCAUAUGGGAUCCAUGGGUAUGGGCAUGAUGCGCUUGACCUCUUCUCUAUGAUGAAAAACAUGGGUAUAACACCAAAUGGGAGCACCUUUGUCUCGGUUUUAACAUCAUGUAGCCAUUCUGGUAUGGUAGAUGAAGGAUGGAAGCAUUUCAAUUCGAUGCAAAAAGACUAUGAAAUUGACCCUUGGAUAGAGCACUAUGCUUGCAUGGUCGACCUCCUCGGUCGAAUUGGAUGCCUGGACCAAGCGGAGAUUUUCGUCAGGCAGAUGCCUACAAAGCCCACACCAAGAAUAUGGGGAUCUCUAUUAAAAGCAUGUAGAUUUCAUGGCCACAUAGAAUUAGCGGAGCGUGUGGCCAAAAACUUGCUUAAAUUAGAUCACGACAACACCGGCUGCUACAUACUUCUCUCCAACAUGUAUGCAGCAGCAGGGAGAUGGGAAGAUGUUGAAGAGGUGAGAUUGACACUGAGAGAGAAAGGGUUGGAAAAGACGAGGGGGUGCAAUGUGGUAGAGUUGAGCAGUGAGACUUGCAGUUUCUUAUAUGGGGAAAGAGAUCACCCAGAAUCUGAGACAAUUUAUAGAGUGUCAGGUAUUUUGUCUAGGCUUAUCGGUGAAUUAGCAUAUAGCCCAGGGACCAAGUUUAGACUGCAAGAUAUAGGGAAGAAAAGAGCAAAUACACCCACCAACCAUAGCAUAAGGUUAGCGCUUAGUCUUGGGUUGAUCUCUUCCACUAUCGGGACACCCAUCCUUAUUAGAAAGAAUGUUCGGUUAUGUGGAGAUUGUCACCAUGCUCUAAAGAUGAUUUCUGAGAAAGUUAAGAGAGAGAUUAUUGUGAGGGAUCCCAGACUCUUUCACCACUUCAGAGAUGGAUAUUGCUGCUGUGCUGAUUAUUGGUAAUAAAUAAAUAAGAAUCCCGGUUUCUAA